UUGGGUCGUACUGUAACUUGUUGUCAGACAAACGGGUCUGUUCUGAGCGUAAGUGGUUUAAGUGUCAACAAUGGCUGCCAUUGUCGAACGACCUCCAUCCCCUCCAUCUCCUGGCUCACAUCAUGGGGAGGGCCUUUCCAGAAAGGGUUCUGUGCAAUCAACAGCCUCAGCUAAGUCAGUUUCCAGCUCGGUCUUUACAGUUCCUAGUCCAGAUUUGAAUAUAGGAGAUUUGCAGGGCAGCAAGAUUGAGGAUAAAAUCCGUACACUAAAGUUGAGUGGUCAUGUCGGAUUUGACUCGCUGCCAGAUCAGUUGGUGGCAAAGUCAACGCAAAAUGGGUUCACAUUCAAUAUCUUAUGCAUUGGUGAGACUGGUAUGGGGAAGUCAACAUUGAUGGACACCCUUUUCAAUACCAGCUUUGAGUCCAAUCCAGCACCUCACACUUUACCCAGUGUGAAACUUAAAUCAAAUGUAUAUGAAUUACAGGAAUCUCAAGUUAGGUUAAAGCUUACUAUUGUGGAUACUGUUGGAUAUGGAGAUCAAAUUAACAAAGAGGAUAGUUUUACUGCCAUUGUGGAUUACAUCGAUAAGAAGUUUGAUGAUUACUUGCAAGAGGAGUUGAAGAUAAAGCGCAGUCUGUCUGCCUUUCAUGAUACUAGGAUUCAUGCUUGCCUUUACUUCAUCUGCCCUACUGGACAUGGGUUGAAGAGCAUAGAUUUGGUGUGCAUGAAAAAACUGGAUUCCAAGGUCAACAUCAUUCCCAUCAUUGCUAAAGCAGACACAAUUUCCAAAGCAGAGCUCACAAAAUUCAAGCAGCGCAUCAUUCAGGAAAUCAAGAUGAAUAACAUACAGAUUUAUCAGUUUCCGACUGAUGAUGAUACAAUGGUCAAGGUUAAUACUGAGAUGAACAGCCAGAUACCUUUUGCAGUUGUGGGCAGUACUGACUUUGUACGUGUUGGUAACAAAAUGGCUAGGGCUCGUCAGUAUCCUUGGGGAACUGUUCAAGUUGAAAAUGAGAGCCAUUGUGACUUCACAAAGCUACGAGAGAUGUUGAUCCGAACUAACAUGGAAGAUAUGAGAGAAGUAACUCAUCAACGUCACUAUGAGCUGUAUCGCAAGAAAGUGCUUGAAACUAUGGGAUUCACUGAUGUUGGCCAAGACAACCAACCUGUAAGUUUCCAGCAAACAUUUGAAAGGAAGCAAGUUGAACAUCGAGUGGAGUUGCAGCGCAAAGAGGAUGAAAUGCGGCAAACGUUUGUUCUUCGUGUCAAGGAGAAGGAGACAGAGUUGAAGGAAGUAGAGAAAGAGCUGUACACCAAAUAUGAUCAACUGAAGAGGGACCACGCAGAGGAAAAGAAGAACUUUGAGGAAAUGAAAAAGAGGCUAGAAGAAGAGAAAACCGAGUUCCAGAAGCGUAAACAGCAAGUGGCGACACAGCAAUUAACUCAUCACACACUCACUUUGGGCAAGAAGAUGAAAAAGUAAAGGUAAAAUUAUUACUGUUGAAAUUGUUAUGCCACAGAACCCCAGCUUUCCAAAUGCAUUCAUAAAAUGUUCUUCCUCAAGGAUAUUUUCAUAAUUCACUCUCGUAGUGACGAUGUUGAAAAACCAAAAUAAAGAUGAAUU